AUGGAUCAGCUCGAAACUCAGGUCAGCGAUUUGCGCUCAUUCCUGGGCUCUGCGGCCACGGCCACGGGGGCUCCGCAGGGCGGUUUAGACGCGGCAGCCGCGUCACCCCACGACGUCGCGGGCUCACUGUACGGUUCUUCGGGUCCGGGUUCAAGGAGAGGACCAGAAGGAGCAGGAGGAGCUCCAUCGCCCAGGAAUGGCACCGUCGGAUUGAGCACAAGCACGAGCACAGGCAUCAGCGCUGCCGGCGUUGGUGCAGGUGCAGGAAUUGGGGCUCCCGCUGGUGGUCCACUCCACACCAGCUCUCACCACUCGUUGUUUUCCGCGCCCGGAGACAAUUCCGCACAUCACCACCAGAGUCACCACAACCCCCAGUCACCGCUCGACAACGCCACGGUCAGCAGCGGGAGCAGCGUUCAUGCAAAGAGAAGGGCCGAAGAUUUCGACGAUGGCCCAGCGAAGCAGCAAAGGAGCAAGAGGAACAGGUACAUCUCAAUUGCCUGCAACGAGUGCAAGCGCCGUAAGAUCAAAUGCAACGGCCAGACACCAUGCCAACGGUGUGGGCAUCUGAACCUGCAAUGUCUCUACGCCCCGAAUUGCUGCUCCAAUUUCAAGGACUCGGAUGAGUUCAAGCAGAUAUCCGAUCAUGUCCAGGAGCUCCAGAAACAUGUCGAGUCGCUCUACAGCUCUCUGAACUCGCUGCGCCAAGAAACCGCCCGCCUCGCUCCGCUCCAGGAACGGCCUAUUCUCCCACCUCCCUCGGUCGUCUCUACUCCCUCCCCUUCAGCCUCGUCUAGUCACCGCCCACCGCCCCAUCUCCCGUUCCGAGUACCUUCUUUUUUCAACGGACCAACCAGCCUCGCCUUUACCGUCGAUGUUGCCAAGGACACGCUCCACAAAAUGGGCUACAGCGGUGUCGGGGACGGCCAAGAAGACCACGGGGCGCAGCCAGAUACAGCACCUCAUGCCUCCCCUCAGAUGACCAAUGCACCCUCUGGGGUGGUCCCACCUCCAUCCCAGGGCCCCGCGGACCCUCUCUGGGAGUUCGAUGAAUCCGAGAUAGUCCGCUUGAUGCGUGUGUAUCAAGAAGAAGUCGACGUCAUGUACCCGGUGACAUCUAUGGGCCCUGUCAUGGCCCAUGUAAGGUACAUCUCAUCAUGGAUGGACACAGCAAGACGGGCCGGUGGCGUCCCUUCACCUGGUCUAGAACAGGUCUUACAAGACCCCAAGACCCUACUCGUCAAAAUUCUCAUGUGCUGCGCCCUCGUGGUGACUGAGCACGGGAACAGCGACAAGGCCGUCCGCAUCUACGACAGUAUCCAGCCCCUGGUCGAUAAAAUGCUCAUGAGCAGCCCCGCCGACGUUUCGCAGCUGGCCUUUCUCGCCUUGUGUUCAGGUUACAGGUUCCUGUCUAACGAUGAGGUGCUUGCAUGGCGGCUCGUGGGGCAGGUCGCGCGUCACUGCUUCGAGCUUGGGCUACACCGGCGGGAAGGGAUACAAAAGAUUGCCGACCCGCAAAUACGCAGGGACGCGUUGCACACGUUCUGGUCGAUGUAUGUUCUUGAUCGCCGUUGGAGUUUUAGCACCGGCUUGCCCUUCGUAUGCCACGACGACAAGAUUGACCCAAAGCUCCCGUACCCGGAAGGCUACCCCUUUCUCAUGGCAAUGAUUGGGUACUCCAGGGUUGCCGCCAAAAUAUGGAGGCUCGUAGACUAUUUCGAGCCAGCUGUCGUCCGCGAGUUGAAACCCCACGACUUUGAACAGUUGGAUCGUGAGAUCAUGGAGUGGUACGAUUCAGUACCGGAAGAGGUACGGACCGGCCCCCUAGACGGAGACCAGAUGUCACUACCUUCGGGACCGUACGAUCUCCAGCGGUUACGUAUCUGGACGCGUCUUAGGCUCAACCAAGUCCGCAUAUGGCUAUAUACCCCCGUCUUGCAUAGCGCUACCAGCAUUUCCCAGAAUGCGCAACUCGCCCAGAAAGUGGUCGACCUAGCUAAGCAGACGAUCCGGAUUCUCACGCAUCUCAACAAUGAGACCGACCAAUACCGCCGCAUACAGGUCUUUUAUCACCAGUUCCUCACUUCGUCUAUCGGCGUGCUUUUCCUCGCCUCAACUCAUGCUCCCCUGCAAUUCAGCGUCCUCUGUCGUGAUGAGUUCUACAUGGCGCUCGACCUUGUCAAGGGCCUGUCGUCCCGAUCCUGGGUCUCCCACCGUCUCUGGCGCACGAUCCGCUCAUUGCAGGCCUACGCGCCGAAGUUGGGCCUCAGUGACAACUCAAAUCGUGCCCCGACUGGCGGGUCCCGCUCUCCUUAUGCUCGCGCGAGCAGUAGCACCACUGGGCAUCACAGUCCAGCACUACCACGGCCCUUCGAUAGCGGUCCACCGAGUCGCCCCGGCAGUGUUGGCCCCGCAGCUAUGCAUAGCCCGGUUGUUAUGACGCCGGUCACAACACAGCCGAUGCACAUGGGAGAGGCACUCAGCAACGGGCUCCAGCUGCAGAACGAGAUGUCGCAGAUUUUCGAGGGGUAUAUUGGUAUGACUAGCAAGGGUCAAAGUAGCGGCAACGAGUUGGGGCCAGCGCAUCGCGCAGACAUGGGAUAUGGCGGGAUGGGGUUGAGUCCGAUGAGGUCGAGCGGAAGCGAGGAGCCAACAAAUGCGCAGGGGAGUGUUUAUCAGUAUGUCAAAGACAUAUUCUAA